CAGCCACACAAGUGCCAAUUUUGUAGCUUAGUCCAUCACCACCAAGAACAUAAUAUCCUCCAUUCUUCUCCUUCACUCUCUUACUUAUUUUUUCUCUCUCUUUCUCUUUUUCCAAACACAAUACUAAACCCAUUCCACUCCUUCAAAUUCCCUAUUUUCCCUUCCCAUUUUCUCAUUAAGGUAAGCACUAAUUAUUCACUUUCUUGUUGAUUAAAGAUUUCAAUUUUGUAAGAAAUCUUGAGACUUUUUGUCCAACUGAUACAAUUUACUCGAUAUGGUAUCAUAAGGGGUGUUUUUAGGUUUCUUGUUGGUUUUUGUGAAUGGGGUCUAUGGUGGUUUUAGUAGGCAGCAUGCCAUCUUUGGCUUCCCUUAUGAGUUUAGGGAGCUUGAGUGUGUCUACAGCUAGCUCUAGUUGUGUUGAAUCUUCUUCAUAUUCAGUUUUAAAGAGAGUUUCUUUAUCAAAAAGGAGUCUUAGGAAGGCUAAAAGAUGGGAUUGUGUGUGUAAAUAUUCAGUUACUACCACUGAUUUCAUUGCUGAGCAAGGCAAUGCUGUGUCACUUGAUUCUAGUAGUAGUACAAUUAGAGGAGGAAGUGAUGGUGAUAGUGAGGUUGUACUUAAGCCUGCUCCAAAGCCUGUGUUAAAAUCUCCAGCUGGUUCUAAGGAUGAAACCCCUUUGUGUAUGAAUUCUGUUGGGUGGGGUUCUUCAAGUGCUGGCGGGGAUUCUGAUGGUGAAAGUUCGGAUGAGGAGGAAGGAGAGAGGAAUAAGGUGAUCGAGUCACUUGGUGAGGUUUUGGAGAAAGCUGAAAAGCUUGAAACUUCAAAACUGAGCCAAGAGGGUGGUAGUGCUAGUAGUAAUAGGAAACAGAAUGGGGUUGUAAAUAAAAUGACUUCACCUAAUGUGGGUAAUGAUUCGAGAAAUGUUAAUUCAUCGGCUGCUAAUAUGAAAACUAAAACUUUAAAAAGUGUGUGGCGGAAAGGAGACUCUGUGGCUGCAUUGCCGAAGGUUGUCAAGGAAGUUCCAAAAGCUACUAAUAGGUUUAUCAAAAGGGAACCUAAAACAGUAGAAGGAGCAAAGCUAGAAUCUCAAUCAACUGUACCAUUGAAACCUCCUCAGCCACCUCUAAGACCUCAACCAAAGUUACAGGGCAAGCCAUCUGUAGCUCCUCCACCUAUGAUCAAGAAACCUGUUAUUUUGAAGGAUGUGGGGGCUGCUCCAAAGUCUCCAGUUAAAGAUGAAACUGGCUCAAGAGCUCCGCAAAGUAAAGGACAGCCAAUUUUGGUUGACAAAUUUGCACGCAAGAAGCCGGUUGUUGACCCUGUGAUUGCACAGGCUGUAUUAGCCCCUAUAAAACCAGGAAAGGGCCCUGCUCCUGGGAAGUACAGAGACCGAAAGAAAAAUGUUUCACCUGGAACACCAAGAAGGCGGAUGGUGGAUGAUGAUGUUGAGAUUCCUGAUGAGGAGCUCAAUGUUUCUAUUCCCGGUGCAGCUACCGGGAGAAAAGGGAGGAAAUGGACUAAAGCCAGUAGGAAGGCAGCUAAACUCCAGGCUGCCAGAGAUGCAGCUCCUGUCAAAGUAGAGAUUUUAGAGGUUGGGGAAAAAGGUAUGUCAAUUGAAGAGCUAGCCUACAAUUUGACAAUCGGUGAAGGUGAAAUUCUUGGGUUUCUGUACUCAAAGGGGAUUAAGCCUGAUGGGGUGCAAACUUUGGACAAAGACAUGGUAAAGAUGAUAUGUAAGGAGCAUGAGGUGGAGGCCAUAGAUGCUGAUCCAGUAAAAUUUGAAGAAAUGGCAAAAAAGAAUGAAAUUCUUGAUGAAGACGACCUGGACAAACUACAAGAGAGGCCUCCUGUCCUUACUAUAAUGGGUCAUGUAGACCAUGGCAAGACAACCCUAUUGGAUCAUAUUCGUAAAAGCAAGGUGGCUGCCUCAGAAGCUGGUGGGAUUACACAAGGAAUUGGAGCAUAUAAAGUUAUGAUACCUGUGGAUGGCAAGUUGCAACCAUGUGUUUUCCUUGAUACUCCUGGGCACGAGGCAUUUGGAGCAAUGAGAGCCCGUGGAGCGAGGGUGACUGACAUUGCUAUUAUUGUGGUGGCUGCUGAUGAUGGGAUUCGUCCUCAGACUAAGGAGGCCAUAGCUCAUGCCAAAGCAGCUGGAGUGCCCAUUGUAAUCACAAUAAAUAAGGCAUAUAAAGAUGGAGCCAAUCCAGAAAGAGUCAUGCAAGAGCUCUCUUCUAUUGGUCUCAUGCCAGAGGACUGGGGUGGUGAUGUCCCAAUGGUUCAGAUCAGCGCUCUCAAGGGGGAAAAUAUAGAUGAUUUGUUGGAAACUGUUAUGCUUGUGGCAGAGUUACAAGAAUUGAAGGCUAAUCCAGAUAGAAAUGCAAAGGGCACUGUUAUUGAGGCAGGUCUUGAUAAAUCUAAAGGGCCAGUAGCAACUUUUAUUGUACAGAAUGGCACCCUGAAAAGAGGGGAUGUAGUGGUUUGUGGACAAGCCUUUGGAAAGGUGCGGGCUUUAUUUGAUGAUGGUGGAAAACGAGUUGAUGAAGCUGGACCAUCUAUACCUGUACAGGUUAUUGGUUUGAGUAAUGUACCAAUUGCUGGUGAUGAAUUUGAGGUUGUUGCCUCCCUUGAUAUUGCUCGUGAAAAGGCAGAGAAACGUGCAGAAUCAUUAUGGAAUGAACGCAUAUCGGCCAAGGCUGGAGAUGGGAAGGUGACCCUUUCUUCCUUAGCUUCAGCUGUCUCAGCAGGAAAGCUAUCCGGAUUAGACUUGCACCAGCUGAAUAUAAUAAUGAAAGUCGAUCUUCAGGGAUCUAUUGAAGCUAUCAGGCAAGCUUUACAAGUGCUCCCUCGAGAUAAUGUCACUUUGAAGUUCCUCUUGCAAGCUACAGGAGAUGUAAGCAACAGCGAUGUUGAUCUUGCUGUUGCUAGUGAAGCUAUAAUUUUAGGAUUCAAUGUCAAAGCUCCAGGUUCUGUCAAAAGCUACGCAGAAAGAAAAGGUGUCGAGAUUCGGCUAUAUAGAGUUAUCUACGAACUCAUUGAUGAUGUGCGAAAUGCAAUGGAAGGACUUCUGGAGCCUGUGGAGGAACAAGAGAUAAUUGGCUCAGCAGAAGUCCGGGCAGUAUUUAGCAGCGGCAGUGGUCGUGUUGCCGGAUGCAUGGUAACAGAAGGCAAAAUAGUAAAAGGCUGUGGAAUUAGGAUUGUCCGAAACAGAAAAACAGUCCAUGUUGGUGUCCUUGAUUCACUGAAACGUGUUAAGGAAAUAGUGAAGGAGGUAAAUGCCGGACUAGAAUGUGGUAUUGGGGCAGAAGAUUUUGAUGAUUGGGAGGAAGGUGAUACUAUAGAGGCCUUCAACACAGUAGAGAAGAAGCGAACCCUUGAAGAGGCCUCAGCCUCCAUGGCAGCUGCACUGGAAGAGGCAGGAAUCGACUUAUAGCUUGGCAUGCAGCUCUAUAGCUGAAUAUAUUCGGUUCUCCUAAUGGAGCCCAAAGCAUUACAGGACAAUAAAGGUAGCACUAUCGAAGUAGUGCUCUAACAUUUGCUCAGUUCGUGGAAUACAGAUGAGCUGCCCAGCAGGGCCAACACAUACAAUUUAUGUCAACCGCAGGGCGUGCAAGAUCGGAGCUUGAGGUGAUUUUGUCCACUGUUGUAUGCUAUUUUGUUGUAUAUAUGGUAACAGAUACCAGAUCUCAGUUACUUUCUGUGAAGGAGCAAUCAUACAAGUUCCUCAAGAUUCAUUGUGCCAAGACAAUGUAACAUUUCUGAAAGAAAUUAAUUUUUUUUGAAGGUGCUCAGAAUUAGGCAUGCACCACCUCCUA